AAUGGGCGGCGUAGGCGGGGCCGAGUCCAGGUGCGCCUCGGCGUCCACUUGGCAGAGCGCCUGAGAGCCGCCUGUGGGCAGCAGCGGAUCUAUCAAAUGCGACCUUCCUGUAAUCAGAGCGACCAGUCCGGCUCCGAGCGUCAUGGCCACCGCAGCGUCUAACCACUACAGCAUCCUCACCUCCAGCGCAUCCAUCGCGCACUCGGAGCCCGGCGGCAUGCAGCAAGCCACAGCGUACCGGGACGCGCAGAGCCUGUUGCAGGGCGACUACCCGCUGCAGAGCAACAGCCACACGCUCAGCCACGCGCACCAGUGGAUCACGGCGCUGUCCCACGGAGAGGCAGCGCCGUGGUCCACCAGCCCGCUCGGCACUGAGCAGGACAUCAAACCCGCGGUGCAGGGCGCGCGGGACGACAUGCACAACUCCAGCAGCAACCUGCAGCACCAGUCGCGGCCGCCCCACUUGGUGCACCAGACGCACGCGAACCACCACGACGCCCGGGCUUGGAGAACCACCACCGCGGCGCACAUCCCGAGCAUGGCGAGCACCAACGGCCAGAGCCUGAUUUACUCGCAGCCGGGCUUCAGCGUCAACGGGCUGAUCCCGGGCAGCGGCCAGGGGGGGCUGCACCACCACAACCUCAGAGACGGUCACGACGAGCACCACAGCCCGCACCUCAGCGAGCACCCCGCGUCCCAGCACCAGCACCGGCCGCAGAGCCACCACGACCACUCGGACGAGGACACGCCGACCUCGGACGACUUGGAGCAGUUCGCCAAGCAGUUCAAGCAGCGCAGAAUCAAGCUGGGCUUCACUCAGGCGGACGUGGGACUCGCCCUGGGGACCCUGUACGGAAAUGUGUUUUCGCAGACCACCAUAUGCAGGUUCGAGGCCCUGCAGCUCAGCUUCAAAAACAUGUGCAAGCUGAAGCCUCUGUUGAACAAGUGGCUGGAGGAGGCGGACUCCACCUCCGGCAGCCCGACCAGCCUGGACAAAAUCGCGGCGCAGGGCAGGAAAAGGAAAAAACGGACUUCGAUCGAGGUGAGCGUAAAAGGAGCUUUGGAGAGCCAUUUUUUGAAGUGCCCAAAACCGGCGGCGUCGGAAAUAAUCACACUGGCGGACAGUCUACACCUGGAGAAAGAAGUGGUCAGGGUUUGGUUUUGUAACAGGAGACAGAAGGAGAAACGCAUGACGCCCCCCGGAGGAGCGGUGCCGGGGAGCGAGGAUGUGUACGGAGACACGCCGCCGCACCACGGGGUCCAGACCCCGGUCCAAUGAACUCUGCUGGGGUGCUCCUCCAGGACUCCUUUUUAUUUAUAUAUAUAAAUCACUGAACUCUAUACAUUGGCUGUUUUAUGUAUAUUAGAUUGCAGAGGGAUCUGCAGUGAAUAUGUUUCAGAAUAAAUCAGGAGAGAAGACUCCAGAGGAUACAAGCCCAGCACUGUGACUCCAGACGGCGCAGUUUUUAGGUGUAGCCCCUAUUGUUGAAUUCUAGAUGACGA